UGAGAAAAUGGAGAACUCUUUACGAAGUUACAAACUCAUGCUUCUAUUGGCACUUGCUUUGGUCCUAUUUCUUACCAUGGAGCUGACUUCACUUGCAUCUGCAGGAGUUCUAGACAAUAAUAGCAAGGUUUAUAUAGUUUACCUUGGCGAAAGAGAACACGAUGAUCCCGAAGUUGUCACUGCCUCUCAUCAUCAAAUGCUUGAAUCGUUUUUUGAAAGUAAAGAAGACGCACAUAACUCAAUAAUCUAUAGCUACCAACAUGGAUUCUCCGGUUUCGCAGCAAUUCUUACGCCUUCCCAAGCAAAGAAAAUCUCAGAGCAUCCAUCAGUGAUCCAUGUUAUACCAAACCGGAUUCUGAAACUGCAAACCACAAGAACUUGGGAUCACCUCGGCCUCUCUAGAAUUCCAACUUCUCUUUCUACUUCAUCAACAUCUUCAAAAGGUCUUCUUCAUGAUACCAACAUGGGCAGUGAAGCUAUCAUCGGCGUCAUGGAUACUGGGAUAUGGCCAGAGUCAAAGGUAGUCGAAGACCAAGGCCUUGGACCAAUACCUAAGCGUUGGAGAGGAAAAUGUGUAUCAGGAGACCAAUUUAACGCCACAAUUCAUUGCAACAACAAGCUAAUUGGAGCUAAGUUUUACCUAGACGGCUUACUCGCCGAAACUGAAGGAAAAUUCAACAUCACAGAAUUACAAGAAUUCAAAUCCAACAGAGAUGCGAGCGGUCACGGCACGCAUACAGCCACCAUAGCCGGUGGCUCAUUCGUCCACAACGUGAGCUUCUACGGUCUAGCCGGAGGUACGGUCCGAGGUGGUGCUCCCCGAGCUCGCAUAGCCUCGUACAAAGUGUGUUGGAGUGGAGUAGGAUGCACAACUGCUGAUAUGUGGAAAGCUUAUGAUGAUGCUAUACAUGAUCGUGUUGAUGUUUUGUCCGUUUCUCUCGGCGGUCAUAUUCCUGAGGAUUCCGAGGUCGAUGCACUCGAUUUUAUCGCAGCUUUUCACGCGGUGGCUCAAGGGAUUCCGGUUGUGGCUGCGGCGGGUAACUAUGGGCCUCGUGCUCAGACUGUUCUCAAUGUUGCUCCUUGGUUCUUGACCGUUGCAGCAACUACUCUUGACCGUUCUUUUCCUACAAAGAUCACACUUGGCAAUAACCAAACCUUCUUCGUUGAAUCACUGUACACUGGACCGGAGAUUUCAACCGGUUUAGCUUUCUUGAACCCAUACAGUGAUGAACGCAUUGACGUGAAGGGGAAAACAAUUAUUGUUUUCGAUACUCACUUCCCAAUGGGAAUAGACUCAUUGUUCAACAUUGGUGUAGUAGGAAUCAUCUUAGCCCAAAAGCCCGAUGAUCUUAUUUUGGAGUGCCAUGAUUCACCGUGCGUUUUUACCACAGAUUACGAGCUUGGAACCGACAUUUUACAAUACAUUCGUACCACCAGAUCACCCACGGUGAGAAUCAGCGCGGCUAAGUCAUUAACGGGUCCGCCUGCAACUACGAAGGUUGCUGCAUUCUCAUCUAGAGGGCCUAACUCUGUUUCACCAGCCAUUCUCAAGCCUGAUAUAGCAGCCCCAGGAGUGAACAUACUCGCGGCACUAAGUCCGCUUCAUCUUGGCGCGUACAACGGAUUUGGACUCGAGACAGGGACAUCAAUGUCGACUCCUGUUGUUUCCGGAAUCGUAGCUCUCCUCAAAUCUCUACACCCUCAUUGGUCUCCUGCUGCUAUUAGAUCAGCUUUGGUCACAACAGCUUGGAGGACAAGUCCAUCUGGAGAACCCAUUUUUGCUGAAGGAUCAAACAAGAAACUUGCAGAUCCAUUUGACUAUGGAGGAGGACUUGUAAACCCUGAAAAAGCUGCAAAACCUGGACUUGUCUACGACAUGGGGAUCGAAGGUUACAUCAGUUACAUGUGUUCCGCUGGCUACAACGACUCUUCAAUCUCCCGUGUUCUCGGUAAAAAGACCAUCUGCCCAACUCCUGAGCCAUCCAUUCUUGAUAUCAACUUACCUUCGAUCACAAUUCCAAAUCUUGAGGAAGAAGUUACACUCACAAGAACUGUAACCAAUGUUGGACCCAUCAAGUCAGUCUAUAAAGCCGUGGUCGAGUCUCCUCUCGGUAUAAAUCUCACCGUGAGCCCGACCACACUCGUCUUUAGCUCUGCAACUAAGAGAGUGCUCACUUUCACGGUGAAGGCUAAAAGGAGCCAUAAAGUCAACACUGGUUACUUUUUUGGAAGCUUAACAUGGACUGAUGGUGUUCAUAAUGUUACAAUCCCUGUCUCUGUUAAGACAAAGUUCAUGAUCAAGUCUUAACAAAGAAACUCAAUAAUAUCUGAUAAAAAAAAAACUAUUUCGAUCGAUCUCUUCAAUGUAUUAGAAAGAGCCAU